AUGUCAGUAGCAGAUAAUUCACAGAAGCCACCACAUAAACCACAAGCUUCCAAUAAUAAACUGACACCAAAACAUAAUCGAAAUGCCGACACCAAACGUAAGCUAUAUCGAGAAACAAUGGAAAAUGUCCGCAAACAAGUUCGUAUAGAAUCACCAACACCGCCCCCACCCACUGCUACCGCCACCACUGCAGCAUCAUCACCAUCGCAGUCGGAUAAUAUUGCUUCCACUACUGAACUGACUCCCGAUCUAAUGGAGUUGCCACGCAAAAGAUUUUAUCGUCAACGAGCUCACUCAAACCCAUUUUCCGAUCACCGAUUAGAUUACCCCACAUCGCCAGACUCAAUGGACUGGUCAACCAUAUACCCUGCAUUAACCAAUACUCAAGAUAACAACGAAAAGAAGAAGGUGGAAAUUGCCGAUAUCGGAUGUGGAUUUGGUGGAUUAAUGAUUGACUUGGGUCCACAAUUCCCGCAAUCGCUAAUCCUCGGUAUGGAAAUCCGCGUCCAAGUGACUCAAUACGUUGAAGAUAGAAUCUUGGCCUUACAAAAACUCCACGAAUCGGAUCCCGUUUACAAAUACGAUAAUAUUGGUGUGAUACGAGGCAACGCUAUGAAAUUCUUGCCCAAUUUUUUCCACAAGUCACAACUUGCCAAGAUGUUUUUCUGUUUUCCUGAUCCUCAUUUUAAACAACGUAAACAUAAAGCGAGGAUCAUUACUCAUACGUUGUUGAGUGAGUAUGCAUAUGUGUUGAAAGAAGGCGGUAUUAUAUACACAAUUACUGAUGUGGAAGAUUUGCAUAAUUGGAUGGUGACGCAUCUUGAACAACAUCCAUUGUUUGAAAGGUUGAGUAAAGAAUGGGAAGCACAAGAUAAAUGUGUGGAGAUUAUGUAUAAUGCAACUGAAGAAGGUCAAAAAGUGGAACGUAAUAAAGGAUCGAAAUUCGUUGCUUGUUUCAAGAGAUUGCCCAAUCCUGAUGAUUGUGAAUGA